AGAUGAUGAGUCUUGGCUGUUGGGCGCGUGGCACCGGCUGAUGCGUCACGUGACCGCGUGUUGCUGCUCCGUGUUGGGCCCCGGUUCUCUCCAGGUGCAGGCCGACACAUCACGUGGGUCCCAGUCCCGCCACGGACCAGCUCCACAUGGCUGCUUGUUAGAUCAGUGGCAGCUGAGGAAGCAGCACAUGAUGGCAGAGGUGGAGGACGAGCGCACGGCGCAGGCCAGCCGGCUCUUCGAGAACUUUGUCCAGAUGCCCACGUGCAAAGGAACCCUGCAGGCCUUCAGCAUCCUCUGCAGACAGCUGGAGCUGGACCCGCUGGACCACAGCGGCUUCUACAGCUCGCUCAAAGCGGCGCUCACCUCCUGGAAGGUCAAAGCUCUGUGGACCAAACUGGACAAGCGCGCCCAGCAGAAGGUCUACGGCCAGAACAAGGCCUGCCAGGGGACCCGGUGUCUGAUCGUCGGCGGGGGGCCGUGCGGUCUGAGGACGGCCGUGGAGCUGGCGCUGCUGGGCUGCAAGGUGGUGGUCAUCGAGAAGAGAGACACCUUCUCCAGAAACAACGUGCUCCACCUCUGGCCCUUCACCAUCCACGACCUCCGGGGCCUGGGGGCCAAGAAGUUCUACGGCAAGUUCUGUGCCGGCUCCAUCGACCACAUCAGUAUCCGCCAGCUCCAGCUCAUGCUGCUGAAGAUAUGUCUCAUUCUUGGAGUUGAGAUUCACGUCAACGUGGAGUUCUCCAAAAUCCUGGAGCCUUCGGAAGACCAGGUCGGUGAUGGUGCCGGCUGGCGAGCCGAGGUCCGACCUGCUGGCCACUGCGUCUCCCACAUGGACUUCGAGGUUGUGAUCGGCGCGGACGGCAGGAAGAACACUCUGGAAGGGUUCGGUCGGAAAGAGUUCCGAGGGAAGCUGGCCAUCGCCAUCACGGCCAACUUCGUCAACCGGAACACGACGGCCGAGGCCAAGGUGGAGGAGAUCAGUGGCGUGGCCUUCAUCUUCAACCAGAAGUUCUUCCUGGAGCUGAAGGAGGAGACAGGGAUCGACCUGGAGAACAUCGUCUACUACCGCGACAACACGCACUACUUCGUCAUGACGGCCAAGAAAGCCAGCCUGCUGGAGAAGGGCGUCAUCGUCCGCGAUUACCUGGAGACCGAGCGCCUGCUCAGCUCUGACAACGUCGACCAGGAGGCGCUGCUGUCGUACGCCCGCCAGGCGGCCGACUUCGGCACCGACUACCAGCUGCCGUCCCUGGACUACGCCAUCAACCACCGCGGGCAGCCGGACGUGGCCAUGUUCGACUUCACCAGCAUGUACGCCUCGGAGAACGCCGCCCUGAUCCGGGAGAAGCACGGGCGCCGGCUGCUGGUGGCGCUGGUGGGAGACAGUCUGCUGGAGCCCUUCUGGCCCAUGGGCACGGGCUGCGCUCGCGGCUUCCUGGCGGCGUUCGACACGGCCUGGAUGGUGAAGGGCCACGCCGAGGGCAGGAGCCCCCUGGAGAUCCUGGCAGAGAGAGAGAGGAUCUACCGGCUGCUGCCGCAGACCACCACGGAGAACAUCAGCAAGAACUUCGAGCAGUACUCCAUCGACCCGGCCACCCGCUACCCCAACCUCAGCUCCAACUGUGUGCGCCCCCACCAGGUGCGUCACCUGUUCAUCGACGGGCAGCAGGACUCGGGGUUCCUGGAGAGAAGAGGAGCUGGAUCGCUCGGCCCCAAGCGCCUGCUGACCUGGUGCCAGAAGCAGACGCAGGGCUACGGGGGAGUGGAGGUCACCAACCUGAGCGGCUCCUGGAGGAGCGGCCUCGCCCUGUGCGCCCUCAUCCACCGCCACAGACCCCAGCUCGUCGAUUUCUAUUCGCUCCACGAAGACGACGUGGUGGGAAACAACCAGCUGGCCUUCGACGUGGCCGAGCAGCAGCUGGGAAUUCAACCCGUCACCACCGGUGAGGAGAUGGCGGCGGCGCAGGAGCCCGACCAACUGCUCAUGGUCUUCUACCUGUCCAAGUUCUACGAGGCCUUCAGGAACUCGCCCAGCAACGGUCCCAGAGAGGCGGAGGAGAACGACGAGGACCCGGCGCUGCUCAGUCUUGGCAAGAGGAUCCCAAAGGUGGGCCAGGCUCCCACACACCUGCUCCAGGCCGCGUCUGCUCUCCCUCAGGACGACUCGCUGAGCAAGAGGCGCAGGAGGGGCCACAGCUACCUGAUGGAGCUGUCCUGUCACAGUGGGCCCCCUGCUGGAGAGAACAAGGUGCGCUCCAUGGCCACGCAGCUGCAGGCCAAGUUUGAGGAGAACUCUCGGUCGGGACAGGUGCGAGCGCAGUCGGGUCAGGACCUCUCCGAUGCCCCCUGCUCUCCUCUUCCGUCUCCUCCUUCCUCUCCUCUUCUUCUGCCGGACGAGGACAAUCCUCGCUUUGCUAAGCCUCAGCAAGCCCCUCCCCCUGCCACACUGCCCCCCCGUCACCCAAAGUGGCAGCCGUCUGUCUACCUCCGCCUGCUGGAGAAUCCCUCCUCUCUGGUCCCACAGGACGACAGCUGUCGCUCUCCCUCACCAGGUUUUCUGUCUCGCUCCCCGAGCCCCGAACUCCAGCCCCCACAAUGCACCUCUCCAGACCCAUCUGCUGCGGCUCACCCCGACUCUGGCGAGUCCCGUCAGCAGAGUGAGUCCAGGAAAGUGUCCUCCGUAGGAGACAUGAGCAGACGCAGUAUAAAAGAGCGAGCGACUCUCCUCUCCUCACUGUUUCCUGACUCCAUCAAACCUGUUGGCUGCUCCCGACCUCAGGUGGCGCUCUCCUCUGCCUCCCCUCUGUCCUCUUCUCUCUUCCCUCCCUACCCCGCCGUCCACCCCGUCCCUGACCCCGCCGCCCUGAGCGGUUUCUCCUCUCUGGAGCCAGAGAAGCCAGAGCCUCUCCACCCUGAGUGUGUGUCUUCUGAGGACACCAUCGCCGGCCUGUCUCACCUCUGCCGCGGCAGCUCCUGCUGUCUGGACGCUCAGAGCCGAGAGCCAGAGAGUGGCGGCGCUGCCCCUCGCGGCCCCCCCGCCGCGCCCCGCUACAGUAGAGAGCGCACGGUCGGCAAGGUCUCGUCCUCCAUAGACGCUAAAGCCCAGGUGCUGGCGCUGCUCUAUGAGACUGACCACAGGCCCGGUUCCUCGCCGUGCGUCCCCUCUGGACCGGGCGGCAGCGACGCCUGCCACUUCUGCUCCGGCCGGGUCUACGUGAUGGAGCGGCUCAGCGCCGAGGGCUGCUUCUUCCACCGCCAGUGUUUCCGCUGCCACGUCUGCAGCUGCAGGCUGCGGCUGGGGACACACGCCUACGACUCGCGCCACGCCAAGUUCUACUGCAAGACCCACUACAGGCAGCUGCAGUCCGCCUCUCACCCGAGCCGCUUCAGGAGCAGGAAGGACGCCCAGAGCUCGGCGCCCUCUCUGCUGUGUGACGGCGGGAGCCUCGCCGCGAGGACGACAGCGGCGGCGGCACCAGCUCCGGACCGGAAGCCGGUCCCUGCCCUCACUUCCUGUUGCCCGACCUCCGCAGUGGUCAGCGGCCUGGAGGAGGUCAAAGAGCCCGACUCCAAACCCAACCUUCGCUGGAGGAACAAGAUCAGAACCACCUUCCCUCUGCUCUUGGUCAGACGCCUCCAGAGAGGAAGACCUCCGAGCUCCGACCCGCCAGAGACGCUUCCUGACUCAGUUGACUCGGACUUCGAGGAGAUCCAGCCCGAGACACCCGACACAGAGGGCGCCGGCAGCUCCAGAAUGGAAGCCAGCCUCCAGAAGACUGGCCACUCAUCCACCCAGAAGAAGAGACUGCUUCUGUCCCAGAGCGACAAAGAGAAGCUCCUGGACUGGGACCUGCUGCCUGAAGAGGAGCUGCUGCGUGGCCCCCUGCAGGCCUCCGCAGAGUCCAGCGCCGGGGAGCCUCCCUCCAUGCUGCAGCUCCUCGCCGGCGCCUUCAGGAGGACCUUCAGUUUCUCCAGCAGCACGCGCCGGCAGAGGCCCAGGUCCGAGGGGGCGCUGAGCUUCCUCUUCAGCUCUCUGGCUCUGGACUCCUGCGAGGAGAGCGGCUCCAGGAAGGGACACCCUGGACGGAACUCCGGCGGGGUCUUCUCUGACGAGCCCCACCGGGCUCCCCACCUCUUCUCCUCCCUGAGGCUGAAGAAGAAGGGCGAGGGCGAGCCAGAGGUCCAGAGGGAGAUCCGGAACAUUCUCAACAACCUGAGGAACAAAGCUGCCAGACACGACCAGGCCCAGCCGUCCAGCGACGAAGAGGAGGACCACAGACCUUCUGGACGGAAGAGCACAGACCUGCGGCAGCAGCAGGAGAAGAAGCAAGAUCAGCUGAAGAGGCUCCACCAGGCUCAGACCAUCCAGCGCCAACUAGAGGAGGUGGGAGAGAAGCAGCGGGACGUGGAGGAGCGAGGGGUGGAGAUGGAGAAGAGGAUCCGAGGCGAAGCAGAGCCUUGUCCGGCCGAAGACGAGGCCCAGCUCUACCAGUCCUGGUUCCAGCUGGUCAUGGAGAAGAACCGACUGGAGCGCUACGAGUCGGAGCUCAUGAUCCAUGCUCAGGAGCUGCAGCUGGAGGACACUCAGUGCAGACUGGAGCAGGAGUAUCGCCGGCGGACGGCCACCCCCGACGCCAGGAAGACCUGGCGGGAGCGUCGGCAGGAGGAGGAGCUUCUGUCCCAGAUCAUGAGGACGGUGGAGCGGCGGGACAUGCUGGUGUCGGCCAUGGAGCAGCAGCGGCUGAAGGAGCGCGCAGAGGACCGGGACCUGCAGAGUCUGCUGCUGUCACGCCUGGAGGAGAGCUGGGACUCGCCGGGCCUCUGAGGCCUUGGAGCCCGGCAGUGCUUGAGGCUGGUUUUUCUUGGUUCUGCUGGCCUCCUCCACCUUCAUCAUCGUCCUCACCCUGCUGCCGCCGGGGUUGGCAACGCGUGGUCCAUCCUGCGGCACAGCGGAUGAGACGCACGCGCUUGGUGGUUGGUUCUCCA